GGUUAUGGCAACCCUACGUGUAACCAUAGUUGUAGUCUAGCAAAGCUUUUUCAAAACCAAAUCCUCCCCAGGGUCAUGAAGAGAAGAUAACUCUGUCUCCAUCCAGUGAAUUUCUAGCAACACACUGCCCCUGAGCAUGGCGAUUCUCCGUUGUUCAUGUUACGAUAGCUAUGGUUAGACACACUUGGCAUGAAUUGGUUUAAUCUUGUGGCGUGGAAUCUUUGGCGUCGUGGGACUGCAGUUCCCAUCAUGUCUGAGGCUGAUUGGAUUUGGUUUCCAGGGACAUGCGGCUGGUUGCAUGUUCAUCCCCAGCCCUAGGGAAAAUGCAUGGCUGACCAGGAAUCAAACCCAUGUCCUUUAAGUCUUCAGUGUGUAUGUGCAUGUUCAUGAUCAUGUGCUUUCCAGUUGUCUGUCGAAUACUCUCCAACCAUCCAAGUACUAACCAGGCCAGAUUCUGCUUAGCUUCCAAGAUCAAAUUGGAUCUGGUGCCUUCAGGGAAUUCAGCUCCCAUCCAACACUAACCCAGGGUAUGGAGAAAACAGACUCCUGUAAAGGACAGUGUCCCCAAUCAAAACCUGAUGGAGUUUUGUUCUUCAAGAGGGAAAAAAGAGGAAAAUGAGAAGCAUGAGAAACUCCGCCUGGAACGUGAACAGGAACACCAGAAGGCCAGCGUGCAAAGGGUCAACCAUGCUGCACCCCCUGAGGAACCCCACGUCGAAGUCCCCCCGGUGGGGUCCUUGUCUCAGGCCACCCCGGCCCCUCCACCGGCCCCACCGUUGGCGGCCCCCAUCUCAGUCAUCCCCAUCCCCGUGGUCACCAGCCCCCCGCAACCGAUGGCCCACAACACCUUGUCUCCCCCGCUCAUCCAGCGACACCACCAGCCCCUCAGCACUCCAGGCCUUGGCAAGGAAGCCCCCUUGGUGGCACCCGUGAUCCAGAAGGCCUCUGGGCCCAUUCUUCCGGACAUCAAGGUCCCUACGCCCCCGUCAGGGAGCCCGAGCCAGCUCCCGCACUACGCUGCCCCGGUACUGGCCAUUUCCCAGCAUCACUUGGUCCAGCAACCCAUCCAGCCCCAGCCUCCGGUCCCGCACCCGCCUCUACAGCCGCACCAGGUUCCCCCACAACCCCUCGGGGUCAAGAUGGCCCCCUCAGAAGACACCAAACCAAGCGAGCAGAAGAAGAGACCAGGCGGGGUUGGCACCAGGGAAGUCCAUAAUAAGUUGGAGAAGAACAGGCGUGCCCACUUGAAAGAAUGCUUCGAGACCCUUAAGCGGAACAUCCCCAACGUCGAUGACAAGAAAACCUCAAACCUCAGCGUCCUAAGGAGUGCCUUGAGAUAUAUCCAGACCUUAAAGCGCAAGGAAAAAGAGUAUGAACAUGAGAUGGAGCGGCUGGCAAGAGAGAAGAUUGCCACACAGCAGCGGCUGGCAGAGCUGAAGAAUGAAUUGAGCCAGUGGAUGGAUAUCUUGGAAAUCGACCGGAUUAUCCGACAGACAGUUCAGCCAGAGGACGAUCAAGCAUCUACCUCGACUGCAUCAGAAGGCGAAGACAACAUAGAUGAGGAUAUGGAGGACGACCGGCCUGUGAACUCAAUGCCAAAACUCACCCAUCGCCAGCACCCCGAGCUCUUGAAAGUGGUCCCCCCCCUUGCUGCGGCCACCGCGCCCACCACCGCCACCCACCACCCAUCAGUCUUGCCCCUGGCGCAGAAGCAUGCCCUGCCCCACACCCACCCACCACUCCAGCCCCAGCAGGCCAUGGUCCCUGCACAGACUCACCUGGUGGCAGCCUCCACAGUGCAAUCGACUGUUAUUGCCCACACGGCCACCACUCACGCCUCGGUCAUCCAGACUGUCAACCACGUCCUUCAAGGGCCCCAAGCCAAGCACAUCGCCCACAUCGCGCCCUCCUCCACUGCCAGCCCAGUCCAGCUGACCACCACGGCCCAGCCCAUCGGCCACAUCACCGUGCACCCGGCCGCCCUCAACCACGUCGCCCACCUGAGCCAGCAGCUCCCCCUCUACCCGCAGCCUGUGGCCGUCAGCCAACCAGUGGUCAGCCACAUCAGCCACACCAUUUCUCAGCAGCAGGUCAACGGCACUGCUGGCCUCGGGCAGCCGACGGUGAUGGCCAAGCCUGCUGUCGGGACUCAGGUGGUGCAUCACCAACAGUUGGUGGGGCAGACGGUCUUGAACCCCGUGACGAUGGUCACGAUGCCUCCGUUCCCAGUGAGCACCUUGAAGCUGGCUUAGGAACUCGUGCCAGCAGCAACUCCGUACAUUCCAACCGUGUCCCUGUUCUGAGAUGUGUUAGAAAGAUUGUGUAUGUGUAUGUAUGCAAGAGUGAGUGUGAGAGAGUGCCAAGAUGAUUGUGCAAGAGGUCGGGGGCGGGAUACAGGCAGAAGAUACUCCCUCCCCAUUUUUGAUCUCCCUUUUCUGAUUUACCUUAAGCAACUUGGUAAUGUGGGGGAACGGGAGAGCCCCCAGGGCUGCUUCAGCACUUGAAUUUCCCCGAAUCAGCAAAAACAUUUAAUGGACAGUCCUUCACGGUGAUUAUUAACUUUCUCCCCCCUUUUACAUGUAAUCAGUGAAAUAUGACUAUAAUAAUGUUCUUAAGACUUUUAAUUUUGUUUUCCACCACCACCUUUUUUAUUUUGAUGUGUUGCUUCUUUGUAGGUUUGUCUUUUUUAAACGGCUGAUCUCUUUACCGAGACUUCGCAUAGAUUAAGAAGAAAAAAAACGAAAUCCUAGAAAUAUAUAUAUAUAUAUAUCUACCUGCCUGUAGCUACAUAUAUAUAUGUAUAUAUAACUAGUUAUAUAUAUAUAACUACGUUUAUCAAUGAAGGCCUUUGCUAAUAAGGCUGAUUCUUUUGCAGGAAUAUUAGACACAACGUUAACACGGAUCCCUUUUCCUUUUGGUGACAAAAGACAGAGCAUCUUUUUAAAACUAAAAUAAGCAUCUUUCAAAAAACAGAUGGUUUGGUGGACCAGGGUAAACCAUAUUUAAAAAAACAAAACCUGUUACGAUUUUUUUUUCCUUUCAGUAUAUUUGCAUUUCAGUAAAACCAUCUAUAAUCACUGUGACUUGUUAUGGCAUUUUAAGGAAAUCCUCUGUCUAAUAAAAAGGUUUAAAACAAAAA